AUGAUUCCUAAAAAUUUAUCAAAAUCAGAAAGCAAAAUCCCACGCACUGUCUAUAGACAAUGGUCUAAAACAGUAGACGAAACACACAUGAAUACUCUGAUGCCUCCAAAAUCAUUUCAACUUGAUCUUCAUCAGCUUCGUAAGGAACGAUUAAUGCAAAAACAAUACUCGUCAUUUACAGAUCGAUCACCAACUGAAGAAAAAACUCUUGACAAACUUAAUGACGUCGAAGCUGAAUGGCAACGUUAUAAAAGUGUAGGAAAACAACGGCCGGAUGAUGAACCAAAACUCCUAUACCAUCAUGAUAAUCGUCCCCAAACCUCUUUGAGGCUAAGACCAGCUGAAUCAGAUGAUUUAAUAAGACUAGCGAAAACUGCUAUGGUUUUAUUAGAGCGAACGUCUUUAGAAGUUAUCCACGAAGUCCCAGAAAAGAAAAACCUAGCCAAAACCCCUGAUCUCAUUAAGAAAAAAAAGGACAUAAAUUUGACCUACAAGCCAGUGAAGAGCAAGCUGGUAGCUUUAAACGGAAAGCAUGGAAAUUUAAAUAGCACUCAUACUUUGGUCUUUAAAAAUUCCAAUGACUUGGUUUCACCGAAAGAUAGAAAAUUGAUUUUUAAUAAGACACAUUCAGAAGGAAACUCAGACUUGAUGAGGAUAAUUAGAAGUGCACAGCAUGAUCUUGAUUUGAAGCCAGUUAAAAGGGUAAAUCAUAAUAAAUAA